AUGGCUUCCAUUGAUGGAAGGCUUUCUGGUAUCUAUUGUAAAACAUUCGGCGACAACACUUUAUACGAUUUGAUGGAGAAGUCAAUUUCAACAAGAAGUCAACAAGGGGAGACUAAUAUUGAUGAACAGCACUGGCCUUUUAAACUAGUAAAAUCGCAUCUCGAAUUAAGGCCUUUAGAAACAGAAAAUGUUUGGAUUGCUCGUCUAAAGCCGCAAUUUGCCUCAAAAACAACGGAAUAUGUCAAAAAAAUAAGGUCCAAACAAAAGGAAGCCCUACUACAUUGUGCUAGACUUCGAAGAAUACAAAAGGAAAACGAGCCUUUGGAACUAGAAAUUAUACUAUGUCCAGUGUUGGCAAUGACACAAAGCCAGAUAGAAAAAGACUUACAAGAAUUAGAAAUUGAUGCAAAAGUCUAUAUUCUUCCCGUUCCUUCUCAUGCACCUUUAACUUUGGAACAGUAUAAGGAAUGGAAUCCAAUAUGGCCCGUUUUCUACAGAAGGCAUACUGAGCGACAGGAUAUUUUUACAAAUAGAGAAUUGGAAGUGAUUGAUGGAGUUUUGAACGACUUGAUUCAAGCAGCCUUUGUGUCACAAUCCAAGGGACAAAUCGGCUGUGCUGCAGCGGUUUACGAUCAUACUUCACGCACAGUUCUUUCAGUUUCUAUAGAUGAACGAAAUGCAUCACGGAAUCCAGUCGACCAUUGUGCCAUGAGGGCAAUUAACUUGGUAGCAGCAGGUGAACGGGAACGCCGGAAACUUCCACACGAAUCAUCUGAAGAAAGAUACUUAUGUCGUGGCUUAACGGUUUUAAUGACUCAUGAGCCCUGCGUUAUGUGUAGUAUGGCUUUAUUACAUUCUCGCAUAUUUCGUUUAAUCUAUUGUCAGCAACAAUCAUUAACCGGGGGAAUUGAGUCUUUAUAUGGAAUUCAUUGGAGAGCUGAACUAAAUCAUCGGUAUCUAGCCUACAGUGGAUGGGAAAAAGAGGUUCCGGAAUUGGAAGGGAAUGUACAUGUAUAA